AUGAACCCGUUGCCUUACACACCUACCUCUUUUUGCUCCGUUGGAGUGCUCGUCCUCACUCCCGUUAUAUCCUUCCACCUGAGGACCCCCAUCACAGCGUGGCGAACCCACGACCCGCGCCUGCCGGUCCUACUGUUCGACAAUUCAUCAACGACACCGCACAGCACCGAGUUCACAACCAGGCCUCUGGCACUGCCCUCCUUGUCAUUCUUCAACGCCACCUCGCCGCUUAUGGGUAACGAUCUUCUCUCCCUCAUAAAGAUCGAAGAAGUACAACGGCUUAUGCGAGUACUUCAACGCUUUCCAAAUCGCAUCCUGGCGCAGUCG